UAUUUUUAGCCACCCCCACCAUAUAGGGAUCAAAAACCAAGAUUGGUGGCAACAAUAUACGCCUUAAUAUUUAACCCCGUUUACUUUUGGCAACAUACGUUAAUGUCAAUGCCAUUUCGAAACACGUCAGAAAUUGUGAACCCAGAAUCGGAGGACUUACCCGAAUCAAUUGCAUAUUUUCAUAAUGCCUUGAUAAUCAAUCCGACAUUUUGGAACGAUAAUCAGAAAAUACGCAAUCAUUUGGAAGCAUCUGUUCACAAGCGUUAUUAUAUUGACACGUUUCUAGUGUACCUUAAGUCGCUACGUUUAAAGAUAUUGGCAUACCAAUCUGGAGAAAUAAUAGUAAACGAUAACGCUGAGGAUACCGAAUUUUCUAUAGAAGAUCUAACUGUAGAUCAAAAGAUGGUAUUUUACUAUGUUAAAUCAAUCUUAUUGUCAAUGGAUCGCAGAAAAAAUGUAAAUCUUUCUUCAUCUUGCAUAUAAAAAUGUAUCUUACCAGCAUUUUGUUAACAAUCUUAUUUUCCGUACACAGACAAAUCCACAAGCUAAUUCUGAUAUCGACAAUGUUUCCCUCUUCGAACAGUCAAUGGAUUCAAGCUUCAUUGAUGACGACAGCGAUUGUGUUCAAAGUAUUGAUAUUAAUAACUACAAUGAAUCGUUGAACCAGAUGUUGAUAGCGAAUCUCCUUUAAAUCGCAAAAUUUUACUUUGUGGCAACCCAGGU